AUGCUAGACACCCAUUUAGAAGAUCGGCUCUUGGAAACUUCAACGGCGGAAUCGCAGGACGGCCCUCCCACCCCGAGCAUUCUGCCCCUGAUCAAGAGUGCCGCAACUCUCGUUAUCACGCCACCAUCGAUUCUAUACCAAUGGGCCAAUGAGAUCGAGAACCAUGCGCCAUCGUUGAGGGUUUUCCUGUACAUCGACAACGCUCCAAGUACCAUAUCGGCCGAGGAGCUGUCCCAAUAUGACAUAGUUCUCACGACCUACGCGGUGCUCUCAAAGGAAAUCCACUAUGCAAACCAAUACGACCGCCCCCGACGCUAUGACCGACGCUAUUGCCCACGUACUAGUCCCGUCGUGCUGAUUGAAUGGUGGAGAGCCCAGCUCAUUGAAGGCGCGUCAGUGUCACAAGCGGCGGCCAUGUCUCACCUGAUCCCCCGCGUCAUGUCAUGGGCUGUCAGCGGGACGCCUAUCAAGCGCCAUGUCGACGAUCUUUAUUCGCUUCUCCAGUUUCUCAAACAAGGGCCUAUCGCGUUUGACAAACGCGUGCAGAAACUGUUGAAAAAGCGUCACUUCCGACCUACCUUUGUCUCCUGCUUUCAGUCCGUCAUGCAUCGAUAUGCCAAACAGGAGGUCGCGCAUGAGCUUACCCUCCCACCGCAAUACAGGAUGGUGUACGGCAUUCACUUCACAGACGUCGAGCGCACGAAUUACAUGGACAAGUGGGAGCAGUGUCUUGCCGAGUGCAAUUUCAAUAUUGCCGACGACACAAGUACCGAGGCCGACGGGUUGCAGUCAUGGUUGAUUCGGCUUCGUCAGACUUGCUGUCAUCCACAAAUUGGAUCACGGAAUAUGGAGGCACUUGGCAGGACAAACUUAAGGACAAUCGACGAGGUGUUGAAUGCGAUGGUCCGCCAGGCUGUUCUGGAUCUCUACAUUCAGGAGAAGGGUCUUGUGGGUAGUAGGAUCAAACGCGCCGUCCUUCAGGCCCGAAUGAACAAGGACGAACGAGACUUGGCGUUCUUCCACUCUGUUGACAAGGAGAUUUCGCGACAUGUGGCUCUCUGGAAGGAGAAAUUGGCUGAGGAGACUACAACAAAAGACCAAAGGCGCACCGCAGCCUUGACUUACAGGAGAGGAGAUGAUGGACAAGUCGGUUAUGAGAUGGAUGGCGAGGACGAUGAUGACGAUGGCAAAGCAGCCCACCCUGCGGACGACCCCUACAUGACAUCAUUUCUUCGGCACAGGGAGUGGCUUGUCGAGCACCACAGGCUGCUGUUCUUUUUUGCGGGCGCCUACCACGAUCGGGACAUGGCUGAGGAGGAAACAGAGUACUAUGAGCGUGCAGAGACGAUUCGUCAGCAAGUUUUGAAAUCACCCGAGCAAAAAUUCGACAGGCUUUCGGCCCGUGCAAAGGACAGUCUCGACGGCUUGGUCAUCGACUCCAAGUUCGCCAUACCCCCUUCGGGGUAUCUUGGAGGGAUUCUUAUGGGUCGGCACUUGGAUGAACUGGAUUCAGUUCGAGUAUUAUUGAACGUACAGCUGGAGAUUCUUGGAAGGUGGAGGAAGGAUCUGGUGGACCGGCUGACUCAGCCUUUGUUGCAGGAUGGCGAGGAAGGAGAGCAAUACCAGUACUCUAUCGACCUUCAGCACACCUUGGAGUCCUACCUUCACUUUUACAAUCGUAUGAUCCUGUUGAGGAAAGAUUUCAUUACGGGAACCAAAGACGCGAUAGCCAAGGUUGUGGCCGAUGCUGAGAGUCAGCGAGAGCGCGAGAGUAUGGUCAAGCGACGAGAGAACAGAGUCCGGAGGUUUAAAAGAGUCGAUGGAGUGGAGGAACCCAAAAUCGAGGACGAUUUGGACAAGCGUCUGGAGAAAGAGAUGGACGCUCUUAUCGCACCAGGCUUGGCAUCAACCUUGCGAAGCGUUCGAUUCGACAUCAAGUCAUUGUCGAGCGACUUGAGCACGCCGCCGGUCGAGCGUCAAAUGGCGGAGGUAGAAGAAUUGAGACUCAAGGAAGAGCAGAACCGACAGACCAAACUUAUUGUGGAACUGGAGAAGCUUCAGGAAAUCUCGGACACAGUUCGCGAUAUUGAAUCCGCGGACCCACAGGAGGAUAUUGCCAUUUGUUUGCAGGACGAAUUGUCACAACAGCGGGAGGUGGUGCGAAAGGAGUCGAAGCUGCGCUAUCUGCAAACCAUCGCUACCGCCUCUGAGAACGAGGCGCAUUCGGAGGAGGACAGGCUUUGCCUUGUGUGUCGUAGCCCAUACGACCGUGGUUUGAUGACAGAGUGCGGGCAUGUGUUUUGUGAGCAUUGUUUGCUUGAGUGGACCAAAGCCCACCUCACCUGUCCAACUUGCAACAGCAGGAUUGUCAAAAGAAAGCUCGCCCAAGUGAUGAUGUCGGACCAACCGCUGAGCCGACUAGAUGGAGACUCGGACUUGGCCAGCAAAAACCAAUCGGCAAACAAAACACAGGAGUCGCUUCGCGAGGGUAACUUACGCCUAGUGCCAGAGGCGAUUCGUCGGACAAUAAUCCGGGAUGGAUACGGGAGCAAGAUUGACAGCAUUGUGCGCCACAUCUCUUACUUGGUUCAAGAUGAUCCAGACGUCAAGUGUCUAGUCUUUUCGCAAUGGUCUGAUGUACUCGGGUUGGUAGGACUGAGUCUUGAUCUCAACAACAUCGGGCAUGUCAAGCUGGAUGGCGCGUCCGUUAAGUCUGCCGUUAAGGAGUUCAACGAGAACAUGGACAAGCGUGUCUUUAUGCUCCACGCCAAGUCCCAAUCAGCUGGACUCACGCUGCUCAAGGCGACCCAUGUCUUCAUCUGCGAGCCGCUUGUCAACCCCGUCCUUCAAGCUCAGGCCGUGAAUACAAUCGAGAUUCCAUGCUUUGAGCUCUUCGAGCGUAGCACAGCAACAACUCCAGGCACAACGAACGAAGAACUCGAUGAUCGCACCAACGAGAAAUCUUCAUCCUUGCCAAUCCUCGCGUCUCAAGUUUCCAAUGCACAAAACCGCCACGGUGAACUGGUCAGCCUUCACGAUUUGAGAUUUGUUUUCAGGAUGCAGACGAGGAUGUUGAACGAAUAA